CACUACAGAAAUAACCGAGUAACUCCGUUCCCUGCGUUCUCACCGCCACCUGAAAAUCCCCUCUUGUACCAUCUUUAGGUCACCUAGUGCAGCCACUGAGCUAGUGACAAAUGCAACAGUGUAACCUUUUCACCGUCAAACUGUCAGUCAUGAAAGAGAUUUCCUGUACAUUUGAUUGGCAUUUCACUGACCUAGAUAAAUAUCCUACAGCAGAAAGCAACAACCCUAGCUUACAGGCAAAGAAAAAGAAAGAAAGAAACAGGUGAAAGAAUCCCUAACAAUGAGCUCAAAACGCAAAUUUGCUGACAGCCCAGACAGAAGCAGAAAUAGUGAAAAAGACCUGGAAGAAGUGAUGAGGAAAAACCGUUCUCCAAAAUGUGCAAGAUGUCGCAACCAUGGCGUUUGUCAACCACUCAAAGGCCACAAACGCUACUGCCAGUUUCGUGAGUGCUCUUGCAAUUCCUGUCUCCUUAUCAAAGAAAGGCAGAAGAUAAUGGCUAAGCAGGUGGCGCUGAAAAGACACCAGGAACUGGAUGAGACGAUGGGCUUGCAAGAAUACCAGCGUCCUGCCAACACCUGUAGUCAAGGUGCAUCAUUGAGUUCCACAGAAUUGCUGAUGCAGGUGUUUCCAGGAGAGAACCCCAUACGCCUGCAAGCAGCUCUGAAGUUGUCAAAUAAUGACAUUCUGUCUGCAUGUCAAAAGGUGGCUGAAUCAAGAAUUGCAGACUUUCAAAGUGGAGAUCCCAGCAGCCCUGGGCCCUUCUCAAGUUAUCCGACUGGUGAAUCCUUGGGAUUGUGUAACUAUCCUGCCAGUGCCGCCCCGGGGCCAACUCCCUACCUUCCCCCAGGAUCACAAACCCAGUUCCCCUUCAGCACCUCUAGUAACAGGUUCGUUAACAAUCUCUACCCCUCUUCAAGUGAUUCCACCUUCGAUUUUUCCCUUAUGUCCCCAAGCAAUGGUGGUUUCCCGUUACAGCCAGUGCCUCAGCACCAGAGAGGUCCGUUUUAUUCUGGUCAGCCGAUCAGUCCAGGGUCAUCUUCAUGCACCACAAGUGGUGUAGGAUCUCACCAGUUCGCCAGUUUGGGGUCAUCUUUCCAACCCAUCCCAACCCCUGUCCACUACAGUCCAAGCAUACCUGUUGGUGCAGCACUUAUGGCGGCCAGCACGGACCAGGGCACAGACUCGAACUACGCUAACACAUCAAAUACAGCCCCAGGUGUAGGUGGCGCUGCAUGUCAGUCCUAUGGGGAGGAGACCAGUGCUGCCAUAUUUGAUGCUGUGGUCAAGACUGAGGCUGACCAGAUUGGUGGUGGCACAGAGUCAGAGUCAAGCUCCCUAGAGGUCAUCCACAACAGUAGCCAGUCCAGCCCACAAAACGGUUACUCACCAACAAGAUUACUGGACUGUAAUGGC